AAUACUUUUAGACAGGCCUGGGUUUUUUGGCCUGUCAUUUUUAAGCGGGAACCUCAGAAAGGUAUUUUUGAGUUUUGUUUGACAUCAGAAAGCAAAGAGACUGCACAAAAUCUACAGGUGUUACCAUAUUAUAAAACCCUUGGUUGUAACAGAAAUGUAUUAAUUUCUUAAUAUUUUUUGUGUUGCCUUUUUUUCAGAAUGGCUUUAAUGAAGCUUCUAAAUACCCGCCCUGACACGCCAUAUUUCCGGCCACCUCCACUGCACUUCAGAGUGUUAAGAUCAUGCGACCAGCUGAGGGUCACUAGCUGGGACUUCACAGAUGGGACAGCUAAACCCCUGAUAACCAAAAAGAACAAAGUGGCAGCCAUCACAGAUAGCCAGACUGUGACCAAGGUCACGAUAUUUGAGGAGUUUGCCUCUAAAAUCCAGCAGGGGGGGUGUUAUAUAAUGAGAGGGUAUGAACUCAGGGGCACGGCCCCACCAUACAAUAUAAAUAUAACUGCACGAACACAAUUUUUUAGGGCACCCACCCUAACUGUUAUUGAAGAUCGUUUCACAGAAGCAGAGCAUCUUCUGCAUCCUCCUGCUCCACUCACACCUCUGAAGAUGAGCUCCACAAAUGGCGGGCUCAUCACAGUCCAAGGGGAGGUGGUGGAGUUUUCUGCAGUAAAGGACGUACUGUCAGGAAAACAGCACGUUCCCUUGCGAAAUCUCCAGCUAAAGGAGACAAAAGUAGAGGACAGAGCGGAGGUCCUCAUCAUUGGUGUGGCUACGAGUGACAAGCCGAACCAGCUUGAGGUGCUUUUGGAUGAUGGGCAGAGCCUCUUCAUCGACAGUGAGCUCUGGAAACCAUUUGAUAAUGAACUUGAGGAGGCAGCGGUCAGGGUAAAAGUUCAAAUUAAGGGGAAGCAAAUUAUGCAGAUUAAAAAAGAAUCACUGUGAAUAAUUAAAAAAAUGUACAGUUCCUUUGUUUGUUACUUGUUUGUUUGUUCAAAAAUAUAAAAUGUUAUAUUUUAUAAAUUAAAAACAAUGAAGUUCAUUUUUUCUAUGUAUUUAUAAUUUUUAAUCACACAUUGUUAAAUACUUAAGUGACAGCAACAUAAAUGAAAAGUUUGCCAGUUUACAAAUUCUAGUUGGUGUCCAUUAUGCCCAAUUCAGGGUAAUUUUGCCAGUUUCCAUUGUAUCUGUUUUUAUUUUUAUUAUAAAGUAUAAGAUGAAGACCUUUGUGUAAAUUUAUAUACACAGGUAUAUAAAAUAAUUAUUCUGUUUGUUUUUUAUUAUCAAGUAGAGACUGUUCAUUAGAAUCUAGCC